AAAAAAUAGGAUGGGAUUGAGAAUUUGAGAUUGGGAAUGAGAAUGGGAAUGGGGAGCUGCAGAGCCUUGCUUAUGGGGAGAGCAGUAGCAGCAACAGCUUCGGCUUCUAUACAGAAGACCCAGGUCUUCAACUUCAGCCGCAAAAUCAGCAGCAACAGCUUCGGCCUCUGCUUCUCCAAAUCAGUUCUUAUCACAUGCAGAAACAACAAUGGGGUCCGAAGCUGCUCCACAGCCUCAAUUCGAUCCUCUCUUGAACCUCCAGAUGUGCCUCGUUUGGCUGAGACUGCUCGAAUCUCUCUCACCCAGAAUGAGGUUGAAGAGUUUGCACCAAAGAUCCGACAAGUCAUAGAUUGGUUUGGACAACUUCAAGAUGUUGAUCUUCAUAGUGUUGAGCCCGCCAUCAGAGCAGAUACCGAAGGCAGCAACUUGCGUGAUGAUGUCCCUGAAACAUUUGAGAAUAGGGAGGCCAUGAUUGCGGCUGUUCCAAGCUUUGAGGAACAAUAUAUCAAAGUUCCCAAAGUCUUGAACAAGGAGUGACAUUUUUUAGGCAACCUGUUUCUUCUAUAUUGUAAUUCGCAAGUUAUGCAGCCGACGGAAAGCACUCACGUCCUUUUCCUCUUAAUAGUUUUGUAUUUUUGAAAGUGAGCCCAUUCUAUUUUUGGUUCUAAUGUGUGCCAUUUUGGCCUCGGACUCCAUAAAUCAUACGAAGUUGUCCUUUCAGACGUAUAUAUUAUCUGCUCCUGCUGUAAUUCUA